AUGACGGGCUCUAAGGAUCUCCCUCCCUCAACAGCCUCCUUUGGCAGCGUCUUUUUUCACAAUCAAUUCUGCGCCAAGCCCCAGUGGCCAGCUCCGAACACCAGCCUUUCAGGCCAAACGGCCAUUAUUACCGGCGGCAAUGCUGGACUUGGCUACGAAGCAGCCAUUCAGUUGCUUGACUUGAAGCUGUCGCAUUUGAUCCUCGCCGUCCGGUCCCUCGAAAGGGGAGAGGACGCAGCAGCCAAACUCCGCAAGCAGCAUCCUAGCGCCACCAUCGACGUAUGGCAACUCGACAUGAACUCGUAUGACUCCAUCCAAGCAUUUGCCCGUCGAUCUGAAAGCCAUCUACCUCGAAUCGACAUCGUCAUUCUCAAUGCCGGCAUUAUGAAGAUGUCCUUCUCCAAGAAUCCGAGCACCGGGCAUGAGGAGACACUGCAGGUCAACUACUUGUCCACAGUGUUGCUCGCCGUCCUUCUACUGCCCGUCCUGAAGGCUAAGCGUAAGCCCGACAGCGACCCUGCGCACCUAACCAUCGUCAACGCUGCAUUGACGCUCGCCGCAAGCUUCCCCAACAGGGAUGCCAAACCCCUGCUACCGUCCUUUGACGACCCCAAGACAUUCAGCUCCGAAACAUACAACUCGUCCAAGCUUCUAGCUCACAUGUUCCUGUGGAAGCUUGCCGAAAUUGUUUCUGCCGACGACGUUAUCGUCAACCUGUCAGAUCCAGCCUGGUGCAGGGGCACUGCCUUAGGCCGAGAUGCACCCGGCUUCCUGAGGUGGGGUCUUUGGGCCUUUGGGGCAACGGGUAGAACCCCGAGGGUCGGCGCUUCUUGCUUUGUUGAUGCUGUGGUGAAUAAGGGGAAAGAAUCCCAUGGAUGCUUUCUGAUGAGCUGGAAUAUUCAUCCAUUUGCUGCCUUCCUUUACACACAAGAAGGCAAGAAUGUCACAGAACGGCUAUGGAUUGAAACGAUGGAUGAGUUGGAGUUUGCCGGUGCUCGUGGUAUAUUAAAGUCGGUGUAG